AUGGCCUCUCCGCAGCAGGUUUACUUGCUCCCUUUGAAAGAUGAUGGCUCUCCAGAUGUACCUGGGGGAUAUAUAUAUCUCCCACCGCCCAGUAAUCCUGCAUAUCUAUUGCGUUUCGUGAUAGAGGGAAGCAGUUCGAUUUGCAGGGAGGGAACACUAUGGGUGAACAUUCCCGAGACUGGCAAGCCAUUUGAUCGCUCGGUAUUUCGGAGCUUCAGAUUGGAGCCAGAUUUCAACAAGAAUAUCCAGAUCGAUAUUCCUGUUACCUGUCCUGGAUCCUUUUUGUUCCACACCACAUUCACGCCCCUACCUCAAUUCUCUGUCGGCCCUGUUCCGACCCCUGAACCAGCGAGAACACCUGAUUACUACGUCGAUGUCGCACCGAGGUUGACGCUUCGUGGUAAAGAUUUGCCUCUCAAUGCGCUCUCUAUAUUCUCCGUGUUGUCUAAAUUCAUGGGCAAAUAUCCCACGGAUUGGGACAGACACUUGAAUGGUAUCAGCCAGCGCAACUACAACAUGGUGCAUUUUACACCGUUGAUGAAGCGCGGAGCUUCAAAUUCUCCAUAUAGUAUCUUUGACCAGUUGCAGUUCGACGACGGUGCUUUUCCCAACGGUGAGGUAGAUGUUGCGCAAAUGAUCUCGAAAAUGGAGAAGGAAUAUGGACUUCUGUCAUUGACCGAUGUUGUGUGGAAUCACACUGCUCAUAAUAGCAAGUGGCUCGAGGAGCAUCCAGAGGCUGGUUAUAGCGUGGAAACUGCACCAUGGCUUGAGGCGGCUUUAGAAUUGGACACCGCUCUAUUGAAGUUCGGUCAGGACCUUGAGAAACUAGGUUUGCCCACUGAAUUUAAGACCGUGGAUGACUUGCUGGCUGUCAUGACCGCACUACGAGAGAAGGUAAUCAGUGGCAUCCGUCUCUGGGAGUACUAUGUCAUUGAUGUCAAAGCCAACGCUGGGCAUAUCCUAGAAAACUGGAAAGCUUCUGGGUUGAAACACUCCGCGUCCAAGAAAUAUGCUGAAGUGGAUAUCGGCGGAUUCAAAGAUUGGCCUUUGAAGCAGCAGGCAGAUCUCGUACGUCAACAUGCCAUUCCCACGAUCAAGCAGGUUUUGGGACGGUUCGGCAGAGCGCUUGACCCUGAAUUCGGGUCUCUGAUCCUGACUACUAUGUUCGGGAAGUAUGACUCUUCAAACUCCGAUAUUGCCUCGAUUGAGAAGGCGCUGGCAACUAUACUGGAUGAGGUCAAUCUGCCAUUCUACGAGGAGUACAAUGCAGACGUCUCUGAAAUUAUGAAUCAACUGUUUAACCGAAUCAGGUACAUCAGGAUUGACGACCAUGGUCCGAAACUUGGGCCUGUCACGGACGAAAAUCCUCUGAUUGAAACUUACUUCACCAGGUUACCUCUUAAUGAUAUCACAAAGAAGCAUAGCCCCAAAGCACUAGCCCUUGUGAACAACGGCUGGAUCUGGAAUGCGGAUGCUAUGCGGGAUAAUGCUGGUCCUGAUUCAAAAGCCUAUUUGCGUCGUGAAGUCAUUGUUUGGGGCGACUGUGUCAAGCUCAGAUAUGGCUCAUCUCCUGAGGACAAUCCUUUCCUUUGGGACUAUAUGACUAAGUACACCCGCCUUAUGGCCAAAUACUUCUCCGGCUUCCGGAUCGAUAAUUGCCACUCAACGCCACUGGCAGUUGCAGAAUAUCUGUUGGAUGAGGCGCGUAAAGUCCGACCAAAUCUUACAGUCUUUGCCGAGCUCUUUACGGGGUCCGAAGAAGCGGACUACAUCUUUGUUAAGCGGCUUGGUAUAAAUGCUCUGAUUCGCGAGGCUAUGCAAGCCUGGAGUACCGGCGAGCUAAGUCGGUUGGUCCAUCGUCAUGGCGGCCGUCCCAUAGGCAGUUUCGAUGUUGAGCUGCCGUCAGCGGGAAGCAGUCAUGCGAUUGCCUCCGCCGGGGUCAACCAGAAUCGAGAAAAGAUCUCUCAUAUUCGUCCCUGUCCUGUUCAAGCACUUUUCAUGGAUUGUACACAUGAUAACGAAACACCAGCACAGAAACGUGAUGCAAGAGACACAUUACCCAAUGCUGCUCUGGUUUCGAUGUGCGCCUCUGCCAUCGGAAGCGUCAUGGGCUAUGACGAGAUAUAUCCCAAACUUGUGGACCUUGUUCACGAAAAGCGGCUAUACUUUUCGGAGUUCUCGAAAUCAGCCGAGGUUCAUCAUGACUGUGAAAGCGGCGGAAUUGGGAGUGUCAAGAAGCUGUUGAAUGAACUUCACACGAUGAUGGGAGUGGAGGGAUACGAUGAAACGCAUAUCCACCAUGACGGAGAAUACAUCACCGUUCACAGAGUGCAUCCUAAAACGCGCAGAGGGAUUUUCCUGAUCGCUCACACUGCUUUCCCGGGGCAUAGUACUAAUGCGGUUCUUGCGCCCACUCAUCUCGUUGGAACGCAGGCCAAGCACAUCGGAACUUGGAACUUGGAAGUAGACGCGAGCGAUAGCAUGAGAGCAGAAAUCCUAUCGGAUAAGGAUCACCUGCGAGGACUGCCCAGUCGGAUUCGGAAAUUCGAAGGCACAAAGGCCGAACAGCAAGGCGAUGAUACCAUUAUUUCAGUUCUCGAUACGUUCGCUCCGGGAUCUAUCGCACUCUUUGAGACGUCCAUCGCCAAGGCUGAACAUGCAGCAGGUUUGGAGAACCACAUCUCUGAGGGAGCGGACGAAGCUUUUGCAGAGCUUAGUCUGGUCGAUCUCAAUUUCGUCCUUUACCGCUGUGACGCGGAAGAAAGGGAUUUGAGCGGAGGCCAGGACGGGGUCUACAACGUCCCCAACCAUGGGCCGUUGGUCUACGCCGGUCUUCAGGGAUGGUGGAGCGUCUUGGAAGAUAUCAUCAGGUACAACGCACUAGGCCAUCCACUUUGCGACCAUCUCCGUCACGGCCAGUGGGCUCUAGAUUUCAUCGUCGGGCGCAUGGAGAAAGCCGCAAAGAAGGAAGGAUACACUGCACUGGAGAAGCCUGCUAAAUGGUUGCAAGAGAAGUUUCAGGCGGUCCGUGAUUUACCAAGCUUUCUGUUACCGAGGUACUUCGGUAUCAUUAUCCAGGUAGCAUACAAUGCUGCAUGGAAGCGUGGCGUUCAGCUGCUGGGACCCGAUGUACGGCAGGGACAGGAAUUCAUCCAUCAACUGGGCAUGGUCAGUGUGCAGGUAACUGGCAUUGUGAAAUCCGCAUCUCUUUGGCCUACAAAGACCGUUCCCAGUCUUGCAGCUGGUCUUCCGCAUUUUGCAGUGGAUUGGGCGAGAUGCUGGGGCCGUGACAUCUUCAUAGCCCUUCGAGGCCUCUUUCUUUGCACCGCCCGUUUUGAUGACGCCAAGGAGCAUAUCCUAGCAUUUGCCAGUGUACUCAAACACGGCAUGAUCCCGAACCUCCUAAGUAGUGGCAAGUUACCCCGGUACAAUUCUCGGGAUUCCGUGUGGUUCUUCCUCCAGGCCAUUCAGGACUACACAAAAAUGGCGCCCAACGGCAUUGAAAUCUUGAACGAGACGGUUGCCAGACGCUUUGUGCCUUACGACGAUACCUGGUUUGCAUAUGAUGACCCUAGGGCAUAUUCAAAGCAUUCGACUAUUUCGCAGGUCAUUCAAGAAGUGCUCCAGCGACACGCGCAUGGAUUGUCAUUCCGAGAGCACAACGCCGGGCCUGAUCUCGACAUGCAAAUGAAGCCGGAAGGCUUCCAGAUCGAUGUCAAAGUCGACUGGGAGACGGGAAUAAUUUUCGGUGGUAGUCAACACAACUGCGGUACGUGGCAAGACAAGAUGGGAGAAAGCGGAAAGGCGGGAAACAAGGGCGUUCCUGGUACACCUCGCGAUGGUGCCGCAAUCGAGAUCACCGGGCUGCUUUAUAGCGCAUUGACUUGGGUUUCCCGCUUGCAUGAGCGCGGACUCUACCCACACGACAAGGUUGACAUUGCGGAAGGGAGGUCGAUCACUUUCAAGGAAUGGGCGGCGAAGAUCAAGCAGAACUUUGAACGCUGCUAUUAUGUCCCAGAAAGCCCCGAGGAAGAUGGUCAGUAUGAUGUUGACCCCAGCAUUGUCAAUCGCCGGGGUAUCUACAAAGAUCUUUACAAAUCCGGCAAGCCGUAUGAGGACUAUCAGCUCCGCGCCAAUUUCCCCAUUGCCAUGACUGUGUCUCCAGACCUUUUCACACCGUCGAAAGCGUUGGGAGCUCUGGCUCUCGCAGACUCUGUCAUUGUCGGCCCCAUCGGUGUCGCUACUCUGGAUCCAUCCGAUCUCAACUAUAACCCCAAUUACAACAACUCGGAAGACUCGGACAAUUUCGCGACUGCCAAGGGUAGGAACUACCACCAGGGACCCGAAUGGGUCUGGCAGCGGGGAUUCUUUCUUCGUGCUUUCCUGCACUUUGACCUUGAGCGCCGGAAGACAGCAGAGGAACGGACGGAGGCGUAUCAACAAGUGACUCGACGCCUAGAGGGUUGCAAGCGCGCGCUGAGGGAGAGUCCAUGGAAGGGCCUCACAGAGCUUACAAACAAGAACGGAGCUCACUGUGCAGACUCUUGUCCCACUCAGUCAUGGUCGGCAGGUUGCUUACUUGACCUAUAUUAUGACGCCUCCAGACAUUCUUGA